AUGGCCAAGUCCAGCAACAAUUCCCGUCUUCUUUUUCUACAACACCUUGUUCGAGAAAUUUCCACUGGUUCUGAUCUCGCUGGUGCUGACUCGGAGGUUGUGGAUGCGGUUUUGAGGCUGGAUGACACAUUUUGUGGGACAAGGACCCAAUUACCUUCCAGAGAUUCUUCCAUGGCUGGUGAGGUCCCAAAAUCACACCAUCCAGAUCACAGUUCCAAGUUGGUCAGUGGAUCGUGUGACCCUAAGCUACCCCCGAUCAUUGAUGACAAGCUGGAACUUGCUGUCUUUACACAUCCAGCUCUUAGCAACAAUAACAACACAACCUACGACCGACUCGAAAUUCUAGGGGAUGCAUACAUUGAGCUGAUUGCAACCAAACUCGUCUGGGAGAGAUUUCCAGAUUUACCAGCAGGUCGAAUAUCACAGAUUCGGGAGAUCCUUGUUAAGAACGAGACACUUUCGGGCUUCGCAGAAAAGAUUUGGUUUGGACCGCAGGGUUUCUGUGCCACCGAACUACAAUACCCCGUCAAAGCGAUGGACCAAAACAAAGGGCGACGUCUUCGAAGCCUACCCGAGCAUUGGCUAGCAGGUUUAUGGGUGCCGAUUCUCAAGAACCUAGGACACCAGAAAGGGGAGUUGCGCUCCAAGGAGGCCCUUGCUAAGAAAAUUAUGGGGAAAAGCGUCAAGCUUGAAUACCUCGAGGAGCGUCCAUCAAUUCAGCAGAAGGGUGGCACACAGACUUUCUUCGUCGCGUUAUAUCUCACAGGAUGGGGAUGGAAUAAAAGGUUUCUGGGUUCCGGUCAGGGGUUGAGUAAAGCAGCUGCGGGUGACGAAGCAGCGAAAAAGACAUUGCUGAAUACGCCUCUGAUUCUUGAGAUCAUGUCAGCAAAGGAAUCAUGGGAGUCUGACUCUUAA